UCUUCACUCGAAUCAGUUCUCGCAGUCAUUUGUGGCCAAAAGCAUCGCAAACAGUGUUGUCUCGCAAAGUGCCGCUCGUCUCAACACAUCCCAAGACAUGCCUCCAGUGACCAUCAGACCAGAGGACGACAUCCGCCACCAUUUGGAUCAACUCAUAACAGGCAACAAAGUGGUGGUCUUCAGCACAACCACCUGUCCUUUCUGUGCGAAGGUGAAGGAGUUGUUCCGGUCAUUGGCAGUGGACGUGGUUGUGGUUGAGUUGGAUCAGGUGGACAGGGGUGUGGAGUUACGGGAGGCGCUGUCGGCUCGAGUGGGCCGUACGUCUGUGCCUCAGGUGUUCAUCUCUGGCCAACACAUUGGCGGUUGCGAUGACACCCAUAAGGCCAGGGAUGACGGCCUCCUCACCAAACUCUUGACACAACACUCCUAUGACUACGACCUGAUUGUGAUCGGCGGCGGAUCCGGAGGUUUGGCCGCAUCUAAGGAAGCGGUUAAGUAUAACAAGAAGGUUGCGGUUCUGGACUUUGUUGUGCCCACACCUCUGGGCACCUCUUGGGGAUUGGGCGGAACGUGUGUUAACGUGGGCUGUAUUCCCAAGAAACUGAUGCAUACGGCGGCCCUCAUUGGACAGACCCUGAAGGACGCCCCACACUAUGGCUGGAAUAUAGCCGGAGACAUCACUCAUGACUGGAAUCGUAUGAAAGAUGAGAUCCAGAACUAUGUCAAGUCUAUUAACUUCGGAUAUCGAGUGCAACUCCGCGAGAAUAAAGUCAAUUACAUCAACGCUUUCGGCUCUUUCCAAGACUCGCAUACAAUUAAAUGCGUCGAUAAGAAGGGAAAGGAGACAACUCUGACGUCCGAUAAGUUCAUAAUAGCUGUCGGCGAAAGACCCCGAUAUCCGACAGACUGUCCCGGAGUUAAGGAAUUUGCCAUCACUUCGGAUGACUUGUUUUCUCUGCCGUAUUCGCCGAGAAAGACAUUAGUUAUCGGCGCGUCGUAUGUGGCGCUCGAAUGCGCCGGUUUUCUACGGGGACUGGGAUUAGACGUUACUGUUAUGGUUCGGUCAAUACUGUUGAGAGGUUUCGAUCAGGAAAUGGCGGAAAAGGCGGGCGAAUAUAUGGCGGAAGAGGGCGUCAAGUUUUUACGGCCCUGUAUUCCGGUGCGCGUCGAACAGCUCGAGGCCGGAGCGCCCGGAAGACUGCGCGUCACCGCCAAGAGGACCGACAAUAACGAAGAGUUUGCUGAGGAAUACAAUAGCGUUCUGUUUGCUAUCGGACGCGACCCCUGCACCGACACCAUUGGACUCGAAAACGCCGGCGUUAUUAAAGAGAAAAACGGGAAAAUCAAAACAAUGAGUGAGAAGACAAAUGUGGACAACAUUUACGCCGUCGGAGACAUACUCUACGGGAAGUUGGAGUUGACUCCAGUAGCCGUUGAGGCGGGCGUUCUGUUGGCGCGCCGUCUCUUUGGUGGCAGUAGUGUUGAGUGCGAUUACAUCAACGUUCCGACCACUGUAUUCACACCACUUGAAUACGGCGCCUGUGGUUACUCAGAGGAACAGGCCGUCCAAGAGUUCGGCGAAGACAACAUCGAAGUAUAUCAUCAAAAGUUCUGUCCAUUCGAGUGGCAAAAUGCAAGAGUGCCUCAGUUUGAACACCGCAAUCGAAACGAACGGCUAUUGGGUUUCCAUUAUUUGGGCCCUAAUGCAGGUGAAGUGACACAACUGGUAGGCAUUCCCCUUAAGAUGAAAGCCACUAAAGGAGAUCUCGACGCACUUAUUGGCAUUCAUCCGACUUGUGCUGAGGUGUUCACAACCCUUGACGUAACUAAACGCAGUGGUCUGGCGCCUGACCUCAAGUCCUGCUGCGGUUGAGCUGAACUGUGCAUCAAAAACGAUAGCCAUCUAAGAACUGUUGUCACAUAUCUAUAUAAUCUAGACUUAUAUUUUAUUCAAUUUACUAAUUUCUAUUUUAUAUAUCUUAAUUUCAAUUAUGAUUUUGUGUUUUGGUCUAAGGGGUGCCCUUAUAAUAAUUAUACGGCAAUUACCUAGUAUAUAAUUAUAAAGGCGCCCCUUACGCACUUAGCAAUGGCUAGUUUAAUCAACUCUUGACAACAGUUAUUUAAUUAAUUUUCUUUUUAUUUGAGAGUUUUGUUUAAAUGAAGGCUUAGUUUAAAAUAUCUUCUAAAUGUAGACUAAACUAACCCUGAUGAUAAUAUCAAACUCGAUUUCAAUGUUUUUUAAAAUAACAGUAGUUUAGUAAAUUAACUUACGGUAAUUGCAGGUAUUAUUACUAUUACCCUAUUACCGAUAUUUCACGUCACUAAAUAUGACAAUAUAAUCCCUC